ACAAGUCUCCACUUCCUUUUCUUAAGUCAAGAAGUUAAGGUUCGUGGUGCAGUGUAAGCUCUUACUAUCCACUUGAAAAGGACUUGGGAAUCAGCUGAGAUACCAGAUAUUGGAGGAUGGAUCCUUUAAUACUUCUUCUAUUAGCAGGUCUAGUGGAAAUAACAGCAACAGCAACAACAGAUGCUCCAUUCAGUUCAGCCUCCAAAGCAGUUGUUACACCUCUACCCUUCAAUUCAGCCUCACCGCGCAAAGACGGGACCUCUCUACCUCCCAAUUCAGCCUCAGCGCCAAUACACGUGACCUCUCUACCUCCCAAUUCAGCCUCAGCGCCAAUACACAUGACCUCUCUACCUCCCAAUUCAGCCUCAGCGCCAAUACACAUGACCUCUCUACCUCCCAAUACAGCCACACCACCAGCCUCCACCAUGUCACCUUCAGUUACAGUGACUCCAUCUACUUCAACAACUACCUCCCCAACUACGACAACUACGCCAACUACGACAACUACGCCAACUACGACAACUACGCCAACUACGACAACUACGCCAACUACAACAACUACGACAACUACAACAACUGCGACAACUACGACAACCACCACAGCUCCAUCAACGGAUCCACCAUCUUCCGGUGAAGGAACAUUGUCCCUUGUCUUCAGUCUAAAUCGAACAUAUACAUCAGAUCUCGCUGACUCGUCCUCAGCAGGGUAUCAAACCUUGGCAAACACAGUGGUCACAGAGCUCAACAAGGCGGGUAACAAGUUGUAUGGACCAUUGUACAAACGCGCCCUUGUUAACUCAUUCAGUAAUGGAUCAGUGAUUGUCGACUCGACUGCUGUGUUCGUAAACCAAAGCUCAGUUCCUUCCUCACUUAAUGCAACUGCACUAUUCAGCAUAGAACUGGACAACUCUACCACCCUGGAUCUUGUAGCAGGCAGUUUUGUUGCAAGCUCAUCAAGCAUUACUCUGCCCUCCAUGGGCUCAUUGGCUGUCAUUGCACUGACACUGCUUACUGUGACGCAGAUGCUCUUUGACUUCUAGCCUGUAUCAGAGGUACAGUAGAUACGCUGACAUGAACUUGUACAGCGCGAUGGCUCAAUGUGGAAUAAGUGUGGUUAAAGUACCAAUGAAUAAAACAAUAAAGGACCUAAGUACACAUUAUGACAUUUACCAAUGUGUGUCAUAGAUUAAGGGCAUAUUUAGUAUUUGUGUUUGUAUUAUAUUGUAUUUGAGGUACUCAUUUUUAGAUUAACAAUGACAAAAAGCGUUCCUUUUGCAGUUGCCAUUCAGUUAUUGUACAAAGUAUUUAUUUGAAAGUAACAUAACUGUAAAUGUGGAUGUUAAUACCUGUGACUACACAUACAUGGGUCCAGAUCUUCAUCACCUUUUUAAGGACAUUUAUAGAUAUAGAUAUAUUUGUACAGAAGAGUAUUAGGGCCAACAAAAAAUAAAAUGACAUGAGACUAAAGUCAGAAUUCUUUAAAAAAGUCAGAAUUCUGAGAAGAAAGUCUAACUGUCUCCUCAAAUUCUUUUUUUCUUCAUAAUUCAUGCAGUUUUCUUUUUUCUUUCUUUUCUUUUUUACAUGUGGCCCUAAUACUCUUCUGUAGAUUUUAGCAUACCAUAUUACACAGGAAAAUGGAAUAAUGAACAUCAACAGAUGAUCGUUAAAACAAUAACAGAAUACUGGAUGUUCUUGUGUUUUUUUUGAGGAAGAUAUAAUACUAUAGUUGUGCAUAAUUGUUGAUUACCAAAUAAUUAAAAACUUACCUUGAAUGACCUCUAAAGUUCUUGUGGAAAAUGUAAUUUCCUACUUUAAGGGUCAAAGAAGAGAUUCAGGGUGAAUCUGUAAUUGUGCAAAGUGCAAAGUUAAAAGGAAUUUAAGCAAAUAGAUCAACAAUCAACGUUGUUAGUAAUACUAUCAGAAGGAAAACAAGGCCUUGUUCAGCUGGGGACUUGGACAAAAAUGCACACUCUACCUCAUUCUGACAAUUAUUUGUUAUUAUCUGGCAGACUUCACCCCAUUCAUGCAGCAAGCCUCUACAGACAGACACACAGAGCCACUAAAAGCAAUACUUCACUCCCACUCCAUCGGGUGAAGUAAUGAUACCCACAUUGGAAACCACAGGAUUAAAAGUGAGCUAUUGAUUGGUCUCUACCCCAUAAAAAUCUUAGUUAGUUGAAUGGGUAAUACAUAGAAUUUGCAUAUAUCCGGCAUCUGAGAUAGAGAAAAAAAAUGUUUAUGAUGUGCUCCUUUAGAGCUUAAUUUGAUGUUAAGUUCAAUCAGUCAUAACUGAUUGUGUGGGGUUUUGGGGUUUUAUUAAUCUGAAUAAAAUAGACUUAGACUUAGAAUUAGACUUAGACUUCCUUUUAUUGUCAUCGCACAGAAAACACAGCAGUGAAAAAACUG